UUUCAGUAGGUGGUGGUGGUGGUGGUGGUGGUGGUGGUGUGAUGACAGAAAGCAAGACAUCCUUGGGAUCUAUAGAGAAUAAUAAAGAUUCAAUCCAAAAGGCUAAAGGAAAGCUUCUCCCAUUGACAAUAGUUAAGAUAGUUUUAGUUUUCUUAGCUUUGGGUCUUGGUUUCUCAAUAGUGAGUAUGAGCAUGGCCAGGUACUUCUGGGACAAGAGCCUGGCCAUGCAAUCCAUAACCAGGUUCCAACCCUGCAUCGGAGAAGAAACCAGUCUGGAAAAGUGGAUUAGACCUCCUCUGAAUUUGAUGCACAAGAUGACAGAUGAGCAGCUUUUCUGGCGUGCAAGUUUGGUCCCAAAGGUACAUAACUUUCCCUUCAAAAGAGUCCCCAAGGUUGCCUUCAUGUUCUUAACCAGAGGUCCUUUGCCUUUCCUUCCUCUCUGGGAUAAGUUCUUCAAAGAACAACCACAUACUCUUUACUCAAUCUACGUUCAUACUCUCCCUUCCUACAAACCUGAUUACCCUUCCUCUUCUGUGUUUCACAACCGCCAAAUUCCAAGUCAGGUUGCUGAGUGGGGGAAGAUGAGCAUGUGUGAUGCUGAGAGACGUUUGCUAGCAAACGCACUGCUUGAUCUCUCCAAUGAACGUUUUGUACUGGUCUCUGAAUCUUGUGUCCCAAUAGUAAACUUCAGCACCAUCUACAAAUACUUUGUGAAAUCUCAACAUAGUUUUGUUGGAUCAUUUGAUGAACAUAGUCCACAUGGAAGAGGUAGGUACAAUUGGAACAUGGCACCAGAGGUUGAGGCAGACCAAUGGCGCAAAGGUGCUCAAUGGUUUGAAGUGAACCGUGAGUUAGCUGUUACUAUAGUUGAAGACCAUAAGUACUACCCAAAGUUUGAGAAGUUUUGCAAACCAUCUUGUUAUGUGGAUGAACAUUACUUCCCAACAAUGCUAAGCAUUGAAACACCAGCUUUGAUUGCUAACAGGACUGUAACGUUUGUGGAUUGGUCUAGAGGUGGUGCACACCCGGCAACGUUUGGAAAGCAUGACAUAACUGAAGGUUUUCUUAGGAAAAUCACACAAGGACAUUCUUGUCUUUAUAAUCAUCAGAAUACAAGUCUUUGUUUUCUGUUUGCCAGGAAAUUUGCUCCUAAUACUCUUGAGCCUUUGAUGAAUUUGGCUCCCAUGAUUUUUGGAUAUGGUUAAUGAGUUUUUGAAACUCAUUGUUAUUGUAAAGAAAAUUGAGAGUUUUAGUUAUUAAGAGGAAGUGAUUCUUUUUA